AUUAUUGGUUUACCUAUGACGCAGCUACAAGCAAACACAGGGCUUAGAAUGUGCAACUUGUGCGAGACUUUUACGAGAUAAUCGGGAAUCUUACCAUGGGUGCAAUUUUCCUUGAGUGUACAAACAUACCUAAUGUUCAUUAGAAGACGUCACUAAGUUUUUGCUUUCGAACAAGGACGAGUUUAUUGAGCGCUGAAAUCCUUGCAACCUCAGUCUUCCCCUCAUCCCCGCCCCCUCUUGUUGACCAAAAACUAGCCAGCAUGAGGAGUGUAACGGUGUAACGUAGAGGGAGGCUAGCAUCCAAGCUACACCCAAAAACCUUUUCGGCCUCAACGUCGCUGGUUAUUCGAUUACAAAAGAUUAUCAAAAAUAAAUUCGAAGGGAGAUGUCAAAAAGUGAAACAGAAGAGAUGAUAGAAAUUGAGAUUGAUGGUCAAGAAAAACAGGAUUGUGUGGAGGAGGGAGUCGAGGAGCAGACCAUCACAUCAGCUGAGCUCAUCACUCAGGACAUUGACAUCAAUGAGCCCGUCGGGAAUCUCAAGAAGCUGCUGGAGCCCCGGCUCCAGAUCCCACUGGAUGGUUAUGAGAUCUGCCUGCAGGACAUUCAUCUGUCAGCAGAACACAGCUUGUUCGAUCAAGGUGUUAAGACAGAUGGCACUGUACAGCUCAGUGUGCAGAUCAUCUCCAGACCAGAUGAGCAGAAGCUGAACAUCCUGGAGAUCGUGAAGCCCGUGGAGACGGUGGAGGUGGUGAUCGACCCGGAUGCGGCAGGCGAGGAGGCCCACCUGAUGGAGGACGGUCAGAUGAUCGCCGUGGAGCGUUCAGCCAUCACAGACGACACGUCAGAGCAGGUGACGCGGUGGGCGGCUGCUCUAGAGGGCUACAGGAAGGAGCAGGUCCGCCUCAACAUCCCAUACGACCCGGUGCAGUGGACGGCAGACCAGGUGAUCCACUGGGCUGUGUGGGUGAUGAAGGAGUUCAGCAUCGAGGAAAUGGAGGUGGGCAGUAUCCACAUCCCGGGUCGUGACCUCUGCACCUUGAACCAGGACGAGUUCCUGCAGCGGGUUCCCAACGGAGAGAUCCUGUGGAGCCAUCUGGAACUGCUGCGCAAAUAUGUGUUGGCCAGCCAGGAACAGGCAGUUCAGGAAGCCACAGUGACUAUUGACCAGCCGGUCCAGAUCAUCCCCGCCCCUGUGAUGCAGACCACGCCCACAGCCAUUAAGGUGCUGAAACAGAGCAAAGGCCCUCGAACACCACGCAUCAGCGGAGAAGAGCGCAGUUCCCCUGGCAACCGCACAGGUAACAAUGGGCAGAUUCAGCUGUGGCAGUUCCUGUUGGAGCUGCUGACGGAUAAGGACGCCCGGGACUGCAUCUCCUGGGUGGGCGAGGAGGGCGAGUUCAAGCUGAACCAGCCCGAGCUGGUGGCCCAGAAGUGGGGCCAGCGCAAAAACAAGCCCACCAUGAACUACGAGAAGCUCAGCAGAGCCCUCAGGUACUAUUAUGACGGCGACAUGAUCAGCAAGGUGCAGGGCAAGCGUUUCGUCUACAAGUUCGUGUGCGACCUGCGGACGCUGAUCGGCUACAGUGCGGCCGAGCUCAACAGCCUGGUCACCGAGUGCGAGCAGAAGAAGCUGGCCCGCGUGCAGCUCCACGGCAUCCACCAGCCCCUCACCACGGUAACCCUAGCCACCACCGCCAUGGACAAGGACAGCUGAGCUGAGGAUGUGGAGCAUCACGGCGUCACUCUGUCUCAGCCAAUGAGGAGACGGGGCUGAGGCGAGGGGUGGAGUCAAAGGAGAUGAUGACUGAGGGGAAAAGGGGUGUUUGUGCAAAAGUUACAAGCAGCUUCUGGAAGGAAUGUGUAUGUAUGUGUGUGGGUGAGUGCUCGACUAUGCCCUCUUUCGGGGUGUGAGUGUGUAUGCUUGUGUGAGAGGAAGCAUUGAUACUCUAUACGUGCGCUUAUGGGUUUUGUAUGCUUGUUCUCUGACUGCAGGCUUGCGUUAGCUGCAUUUCCACUGUAUAUAAUCGGUGUUUUUUGAUAGCCAUGAGGGCAGUGUAUUUUGAUAUUUUCCAUUUGUAAAGGAUCGAUUUCUCUCCCUUUUUCUUUUUUUUUUUAUUAUGUUGAGUGUCCGAUUCCCUUGAGGUGUGGGCCUUAUAGGGUUUGGCCACUAGGGGGCAAUAAAGCAACAAGUGUUUUUUGAAA